UUUUCCAGACGAGUCCCCCCCAUCAUUACUCGUGACGAGGUAAGGUAAAAAGAAUCAUCGAUGAUGUCUCUAGCAGCACAGUCACAUAUGAUGAUGGAACUCGGAGGAGAAAAUAAUAAUUAAAAAAAAAAAAAAGAGAGGAAAGGAACGGGAACGGCGUAUAGAAUAUUCCUUCUUUAUUCGUUCCCGACCCAAGCAAACAUAACCUGAGACAUUUCGCCCUUCAGCAGGUACUGAAAUCCCCCAGUCGCUCUCCUCCGCCGUCAGAAAUCUUAGGAACCGGCCGGUUACCGUUCGGAUUGAAGAAAUUGAUUUAGGGUUUGAAGAAAAUUCAGAGAAAAGAGAUCCACCAUCGGCUGGAAGAGAUCUAGGGUUCUGUGGGGAUUUAGUUAGGGUUCUUUUUAAGGCGGAGGGAGAGGAGGUGAGGGAAGAGAUGAAGGUGGUGGUGGGGAGCCCGGGUACUUGGAGCGGGCUACUGCUGAGGACCGGGCAGUGCGUCUUCGCGGGGGCUUCCAUUGGGGUGAUGCUCUCGGCCUUUGGAUUCUCCAACUACACUGCUUUCUGCUACUUGAUUGCUUCUAUGGGACUACAAGCAUUGUGGAGCUUGGGACUUGCAUGUCUUGAUAUCUAUGCUUUAAGGAUUAGAAGAGAUCUGCAUAACCCUGUGCUAGUAAGCUUGUUCGUGGUUGGUGACUGGGUAACAGCAACUCUAUCACUGGCCGCAGCAUGCUCUUCAGCAGGUGUGACCGUUUUGUUUGUGAGGGAUGUGGACUUCUGCAGAAGGUGAUUUUCAUGAAUCUGAGGAGGUUUUCACAAAUUUUCCCUUCCUGAAAAAGGUGGGCUUUGGGAUAGAUGACAUAACAAGAUUUAGUGGAGAUCUCAAAUUUUAUGCGCGACGCAUCCUCAGUAUUGUCAUAUGGAAAUUCUCAUUUCAACCCUAUAGUUCCAAAUGGGAUAGGCAGAUAAAUCAUAAAAUAUUAGCAGAUGAGCAUGUGUAAUGCACAUUUUAAAACCAUUCAAAAUAAGAUAAUGAAAAUUAUUGGUUCUGUUACCGAUGUUAUUAAUUUGUUUGUAUUAUCUAAUAUAUAACUAAAGAUGAUCUUAAAAAAUUAAUUAAAAAGUCAAUAGAUGAUGCAACAUAAAUAUGAAUGAGAUAUGGAAAUGUAGAAGAUGUUCACAAAAUCUAGCAAGGACUUAACAUACGGCAUAAUUUAAAAAUGAAAAUGCAGAGCAAAAUUUGCAAAACCA